UAUUACCGGAAGUGUAGCUUCUGUUGUCACACUGGACGGAAAUGGCUGCUGCUGUGAGGGUUUGAAUGGUCGCUCUAUGGAGGUGACGGUGUGGGGCGAAGGACAGCUGCAAGCGGCCACUCACCCAGCUACCGGUGGCAGACAACGAUGAAACAAGUUUUGGAAUAUGCAUUGGAUCGGGCUGAGUACAUUGUUGAAAGUGCUCGUCAACAGCCAGCCAAGAGGAGAGCGUUGUCCGGAGGGAGGAAGAGUCUAUAUCAGAAACUAUACGAGCUCUACAUCGAAGAGUGUGACAAAGAACCAGAGCUCAAGAAGCUGCGUAGGAAUGUCAACCUGCUGGAGAAGCUGGUGUCUCAGGAGUCAGUGUCUUGUCUGGUGGUUAACCUUUACCCCGGCAACCAGGGAUACUCCCUCAUGCUCCUCGGCAAGAAUGGAUCCGACUCUGAGACGAUCCGUCUGCCAUAUGAGGAAGGACAGCUGUUGGAGUACCUGGAUGCCGAGGAGCUUCCUCCUGUCCUGGUGGAUCUCUUAGAGAAGUCCCAGGUGAACAUCUUCCACUGUGGCUGUGUGGUAGCUGAGGUCCGAGACUACAGACAGUCUGGCAACACUAAGAUGCCCUCCUUCCAGAGCAGACACGUCCUGCUACGACCCACCAUGCAGACACUGAUCUGUGAUGUCCAUGCCAUGACCAGUGACCCCCACAAAUGGACACAGGAUGAUAAGUUCCAGUUGGAGAGCCAGUUACUGCUGGCCACAGCUGAUCCUCUGUGUCUGGAUCCAUCUAUCUCUGUCACCUGUACAGCCAACCACCUGCUCUAUAACAAGCAGAAGAUGAACACUCACUCUAUGAAACGUUGUUUUAAGCAUCACUCUCGGGCGGCGCUGAACCGUCAGCAGGAGCUGUCCUACCUGCCCACGCCCCCCCAGCUGCGUCUCUAUGACUACCUGCAGAGGAGGAAGGAGAGGAAGCCGGCCCCCUCGAUAGACCUGAAGAUCUCCAAAGCCGGAAAAUGUGUGGACAUGUGGAAACAGAGCCGCUGCCAACUCACUGUCCCCAAGGAGAUUGAUGUAGAGAAAUAUGCAGUGGUAGAGAAGUCAGUGAAGUUGCAGGAAUCUCAGCCCACUGUCUGGCCUGCAGAGGAAGUGAUAGAUGACUAUACGUUUAAGUGUGAGGUCGGGGGCCAGAGGACCACGGUGUCCAUCUUCCAGUCGGUGGGCGAUCCUCUGGUCUACGGAAAGAUCUACUGCGCUGAGGAAGACAGCAGCGACCUUCACCUCGUACAUCCAGCGUUCCUAAUAGGCUCAAAGAGAGAUGCUGAUCGGUUUCUAUCCCAGUAUAAAGGUGUGUAUGAGCAGGACGUGAAGUGCCAGGUGAAAAUGUCUCGGAACUCAGGCAUCAUGGGACAGAACCAACUCUCAGCCAGUAGAGAGACAGAGCCCGUUGUGUGUCCCCAGGUGGAUGGUCUAUCAGCCUUGGUUCAGUCGUCAGGUGUGUUGGGGAAGGGGGUGAAGCACCGGCCUCCCCCCAUCAAACUACCCUCCGGGUCGGGCAGCAGCUCUUCAGGUAACCUGUAUAGUUCAGCCCAGGCCACCAGUGGUCUCCUUAAGUGUCUUACGCCCCCCCCAGGAUCAGGCCCCGGCUCAGCCAAGCCCCAGUCUCUGAGUAGGAAGCACUCUGUGGAGCUGGGGGGGCAGUUAGGACAGGUGGGGUUGUUGUCCCCGGCAGCCCUAUCUCCCAUGGCGUCGACACAGAGAUCGGGGACCCCGAAGCCGUCCACCCCCACCAACACCCCGUGUUCCACCCCUCACCCCCCCGACUCCCUCCUUUCCCUCCCUCCCUCCGUCACCCCCACCCUUCCGGACCCCCAGGCCCUCCUGACCCCCCAGCAGCAGCUGUCCCUCCCCGUAAUGACCAUCCCUCUACCCACCAUGAGAACCUCAAUCACAACAGGAACCAGCUCCUCUCAGGUCAUGGCUAACCCUGCUGGACUCAACUUCCUCAACGUGGUGGGAUCUGUCUGCAGUCCCCAGACUCUGAUGACUUCCAGUCAGAUGUUGGGUCCUGGUCUAAACCUGAGUGGUCUGGGAGGACUGAUGCCUACCACACAGUCAGUUGCAAUUCUUACACCACCAAGUGCAGCAGCAGCAAAUGGCUAUGGGGGGACGGGCCCUCAGGGGGCGUCGCCACGGCUACAUACCGCCAGCCAAUCCAAGAUGUAAGACCAAGAGGAGCACACCGCAGCCCCUCCCCAAAUCAUGAUGGCCCCCCAGCCAACCAAGAGGAGCACACCGCAGCCCCUCCCCAAAUCAUGAUGGCCCCCCAACCAAGAGGAGCCCCUCCCCAGCCAAGAGGAGCACGCCGCAGCCCCUCCCCAGCCAAGAGGAACACACCACAGCCCCUCCCCAAAUCAUGAUGACCCCCCUCCAACCAAGAGGAGCACGCCGCAGCCCCUCCCCAGCCAAGAGGAACACACCACAGCCCCUCCCCAAAUCAUGAUGCCCCCCCCAACCAAGAGGAGCCCCUCCCCAGCCAAGCACGUCCUGACAACCUAUUAUUUAAAUGAUUUAGAAGAUGGUUCUUCCUACCAGCCUGCUGUCCUGUUACUUCCUCAUAUGACAUCACGGUGUCGUCGAUUCAAACAGAGCUCCUGGAUGGACACAAGGACUGGAUGGACACAGGGACUGGAUGGACACAGGGACUGGAUGGACACAGGGACUGGAUGGACACAGGGACUGCUCCUGGAUGGACACAGGGACUGGAUGGACACAGGGACUGGAUGGACACAGGGACUGCUCCUGGAUGGACACAGGGACUGGAUGGACACAGGGACUGGAUGGACACAGGGACUGCUCCUGGAUGGACACAGGGACUGCUCCUGGUUCUGUGUGUAUCUGAAAUGCCAUCCUAUCCCCUUACUUUUGACAAGGGCACUAUGUAGGGAAUUACGGUGGUAUUUUCAGACACAGAUGAUCUAAUAAGAUGAUGCUAUCACAAGAGGACUCAUUUUCCCAGCAUGCAAUGCUGAGUGCAAUUUUUUUUAAUAAUAAGGCAUUUCCUUGUGGGGGUGGAAGGGGGCGGGAUUAAGAAGAGUAUAUUCAUAUUAGAAAUCAUGUGACAUUUCUGGGACAGA